AUGGGCUACACUACAUCCUACAAAAAGGCUUGGUUGGCUAAACAACAUGCAAUUGAACAUGUGUAUGGGAAUUGGGAAGAAUCGUUCAACAAAUUACCAUGCCUACUACAAGCAAUGCAAACUUUUCUUCUCGGCUUUGUGUACAAAUUGAAAACACAACCAAUUACUGAUGGCCAAGAGAUCCGUCAAAACCAACAAUAUUUCAAAAGACUUUUUUGGACCUUCAAACCUUGUGUUGAUGGAUUCCCAUAUUGCAAACCGUUGGUGCAAGUGGACGGAACAUUCCUAUAUGGAAGAUAUAGGGGGACUCUUUUGGUGGUUGUGGCUCAAGAUGGGAGAAACAACAUACUUCUCAUUGCUUUUGCUAUAGUUGAGGGUGAAACAGCAGACGCUUGGUUGUUUUUACUAAAAAACCUUAGGAGACAUGUCACACCUCAACAAAACUUGUGCUUAAUUUCGGAUCGCCACAACUCCAUUAGUGCAACAUUCAAUAGACCAACCAGUGGGUGGGCAGAAGGACAAUGUGUGCAUGUGUAUUACAUUCGACACAUUGUACAAAAUUUCACCCGAAGAUUCAGGGAUACAAGUUUGAAGAAGGACCUUGUCAACAUGGCAUAUGCAAUGACUGAGCCGCGAUGUAACUAUUACUACAAUAUCAUUAAGGAAAAUAAUUGGAUUGAUCAAAUUCCAAGAGAACAAUUCACACUUGCGUAUGAUGAAGGCAGAAGAUGA